AUGGAGAACCUAUUUGCAUUUGUUAACAAUAUAAGUUCAUUUUGUCUGUCUGUUUAUUUAUCUAUCUAUCUAUCUAUCUAUCUCACAUCUGUUCAUAUUUAUCUAUGUGAGUCUCUCUCUCUCACUCUCACUCCCUCUCUCUCUCUCUCUCUCUCUCUCUCUCUAUAUAUAUAUAUAUAUAUAUAUAUAUAUAUAUAUCAGGUUGUCCGCAUCUAUCUAUCUAUCUAUCUAUCUAUCUAUCUAUCUAUCUAUCUAUCUAUCGUCCAAAGGGAUACAGUCAUUUUGUCUAUCUAUCUAUCUAUCUAUCUAUCUAUCUAUCUAUCUAUCUAUCUAUCUAUCUAUCUCAGUUUGUUCAUAUCUAUCUAUCUAGUUAUCUCACAUCUGUUCAUAUUUAUCUAUGUGAGUCUCUCUCUCACUCUCUCACUCUCUCUCUCUCUCUCUAUAUAUAUAUAUAUAUAUAUAUCAGUUUGUCCGCAUCUAUCUAUCUAUCUAUCUAUCUAUCUAUCUAUCUAUCUAUCUAUCGUCCAAAGCUAUCUAUCUAUCUAUCUAUCUAUCUAUCUAUCUAUCUAUCUGUGCAAGAGGGUUAAUAUCAAUAAACCUCAGCUAUCUAUCUACGCAAAUCAACAGUUAAUAUCUAUCUAUCUAUCUAUCUAUCUAUCUAUCUAUCUAUCUAUCUAUCUAUUUAUCUAUCUAUCUAUCUAUCUGUGCAAGAGGUCAGUUAAUAUCUAUCUAUCUAUCUAUCUAUCUAUCUAUCUAUCUAUCUAUCUAUCUCAGUAUAUAUUGCUGAGUACACGUUGUACUAUCCGCAUCUAUCUAUCUAUCUAUCUAUCUAUCUAUCUAUCUAUCUAUGGCUGCCCAAUAUCUAUGCUUGUGCAUUAUUUAUCUAUGUAUGUAUGUAUGUAUGUAUGUAUCUAUCUAUCUAUCUAUCUAUCUAUCUAUCUAUCUAUCUAUCUAUCUAGCUAUCUCUGCUUGUUCACUAUGUUUGUGCAUUAUCUAUCUAUCUAUCUCUGCUUGUCCACUAUCUAUCUAUCUAUCUAUCUAUCUAUCUAUCUAUCUAUCUAUCUCUAUCUAUCUAUCUAUCUAUCUAUGUUCACUGUGUUUGUGGAUUAUCUAUCUAUCUAUCUAUCUAUCUAUCUAUCUAUCUAUCAUCAUAUCUAUCUAUCUAUCACCAGGUCUCUGUAUCAAUGGUAUCUAUCUAUCUAUCUAUCUAUCUAUCUAUCUAUCUAUCUAUCUAUCUAUCUAUCUAUCUAUCACCAGGUCUCUGUAUCUAUCUAUCUAUCUAUCUAUCUAUCUAUCUAUCUAUCUAUCUAUCUCUGUUCACUGUGUUUGUGGAUUAUCUAUCUAUCUAUCUAUCUAUCUAUCUAUCUAUCUAUCUAUCUAUCUAUCUAUCUAUCUAUCUAUGCCUGCCAAUAUCUAUGCUUGUGCAUUAUCUAUCUAUCUAUCUAUCUAUCUAUCUAUCUAUCUAUCUAUCUAUCUCUGUUCACUGUGUUUGUGCACUAUCUAUCUAUCUAUCUAUCUAUCUAUCUAUCUAUCUAUCUAUCUCUGUUCACUGUGUUUGUGCAUCUAUCUAUCUAUCUAUCUAUCUAUCUAUCUAUCUAUCUAUCUAUCUAUCUAUCUAUGCCUGCCCAAUAUCUAUGCUUGUGCAUUAAUUAUGUAUGUAUGUAUGUAUGUAUGUAUGUAUCUAUCUAUCUAUCUCUGCUUGUUCACUAUGUUUGUGCAUUAUCGCUCUCUCUCUCUCUCUCUCUUCCUCUCUCUCUCUCUAUAUAUAUAUAUAUAUAUAUAUAUCUAAGCCUGUCCAAUAUCUAUGCUUGUCCAUUAUCUAUCUAUCUAUCUAUCUAUCUAGUCAAGUUGACAUAUAGUGGCAGCGUAGUCGAUGACAAAUGCUCCUUUUUCUCCCAGCAUUCCCAAAUCUCUCCCCCACCCCCUUUCUGUCUCUCGCUGCCUCUGACUUUAGUUUCGCUUCCAGUUAGAAGAGUUAUCGACGUGACGAAAGGAGCAAAUACAAAUGGCCGGACGGGCAUCAUUUUUGGCAGCUCUUAG